AUGGGAACAGGUUUAUUAGUAUUUAUCGGUUGUUCUGGAGUAAUGCCGGGUUUAACUUCAUCACCUCCAUCUCAUUUACAAAUAUGCAUUGUUUUCGGUUUGGCAGUCGCCAUGUUAGUUCAGGUGUUCGGACAUAUUAGUGGAUCUCACAUUAAUCCCUCGGUAACAUUAGCUGCAUUAGUGUACAAAGAAAUAUCCAUAUCGACAGCAGGAAUGUACAUAUUAGCUCAAUUUAUCGGUGCCAUUUUAGGAUACGGUACACUCCUGUUUAUGGCUCCCACGGCAGCUUAUUACGCUGACAAAUCAAACAUGAACGUUACCCAUGGAUUUUGCACGACCGUACCUAAUCCUCAACUCUCGGCCAUGCAAGCUUUAUUUGUCGAAUUUGCGGCUACCACAAUUCUCGUAUACGUUUGCUGUAGUUUUUGGGAUAAAAGAAAUGCCGGUCAACACGAUUUGGCACCUUUUAAAUUUGGAAUAACUGUUACCGGGCUAGCAACGGCAUUCGGUCCCUUUUCGGGAGGGAGCAUGAAUCCUGCAAGAUCAUUUGCUCCGGCUGUUUUUACGGGUGUUUGGGACAAACAAUGGAUAUAUUGGCUCGGACCUCUCUCGGCAUCCGUCCUAGUAACAUAUUUUUACAAAUUUAUUUUCGAAAGAAGUAGCAGUCCAAAUAAUAACUUUGACCAAUCGGAAGUGCCACUUAAUCACCUCAACAGUAGUAAAGUUCAAAAUUUGGAAAAAGUUUCUGCCGACGAAGUUUCUUAA